AUGUCGAGACGGAGAGUUAGGGAUCUACCUGAUUUAGUUGAGGAUUCUGAUAUUGACGAAGAUCAAUAUGUCGAUAUAGCAUUUGUUCCUGCUGAUCAUGAAAGUUCAGAUGGAGAUUCGGAUGUUGAUCUAGAAGAAGAUAUAACAUCUCAUGAUCUUCCUACAGGUUCUUACGAACAUGUGAAAAGUACUUACGCAAGUACUCAAAAAUUGUUGGAGCCGAAUCAUAUUUACGAUUGGGAAGAUGAUACUCUGGAUAAUAUAUCUCCUGAUAUCGAGGACAACUCCAAUCUGUCAGCUAUUUCUCCAUUGUUUUUUAAAAAUUCCUUAGAAUUAUUCGAGUUAUUCUUCUCGGAAUCGAUGAAGAAUCAUGUUGUGGACGCUACUGCUGAGAAUCAUUUCAAUUUGUCUAAAAAUGAUCUAGAAAGAUUUAUUGUAAUCAUAAUGAUUACUAUUUUCAAUUCUAGAAAACGUCUUUAUGAUUAUUGGUCGACAAAACAAAUCCUAGAGUGUCCAAUCAUUACCGAACUUAUGACGAGAAAUAAAUUUGUUACCAUCAAGAAGAAUAUUCGAUUUUACAAACAUCAAGAUAAAAAUCCAACUGACAAAGUUUGGAAAGUAAGAACGAUGUAUGACAUGUUCCGUGAGAAUUGCAUGCAAUUCGGUUUCUUCGACUACAACCUAUCGGUAGAUGAGCUAAUGGUGAAAUAUUUCGGUAGAUUUGGUAUCAAGCAGUGUAUCAGGAAUAAGCCAGGUUUGGAAUAA